UAUUGUUUAUUUCAUACAUUAUCAACGCCACUUAUUUAUAUAAAUACAUCAUUUUAUUUUCAUUUCUACAUUCUUCAAUAUGAAGUCGAUGUUUGUUGUUUUAUUGAGCCUAAUUUGCUUGGCCCUUCUUGUCGCUGGCGAUGAUCCAGAACCAGCUAGUACUUCGACAGAGACACCGGUGAUAUCAACAACAGAGGUACCAGCACCGAUAUCGACAAGCAUUGGUGAAGAUAAAAUUUAUGUUGAAGAAUCAAAUGUUACCGAUCCAACCUACGAGAUAGAUGCCGUGGAAGCGCUUAAAGAAGCUAUGGCUCUUUUUCCAGUUGACAGUAAACAGUUGUUAGAAACAUUUUCCAAGCUGUUUAAUGUCAAACAUCAGAUAGAUGGAGGAUGGAAAGUUGCUGAAAAAUGCAGCUAUGUUUAUAUUCCAAAUGCAGACUCCUUGUAUAUUGAAUUGAGAGUUAUAAAUUCUGAUGGAGAGAGGUUAAUUCUGAUAUUUAGCUAAACAUAAACUAUUUUAGUUGUUAAUUCUUUGUUACUGUUUCGACUUUCGAAAUAAAGAAACAUAAUUUAUUAA